AUGGCAGGAACCCUCAUAGGUGAUAGGAGGCCCACGAACGGCAAGUUGCAAACAGCAGAGGCUACUUCAGCCGUCGCCACACGCGUCGACGUCACUCGUCGCAUUAUGUGUCUUAAUAUAGAAGUAAUCUUGCCGACAGUGAGAAAGUUCUUAUUAUUGUACCCUUUACGAAAUGGAUGUUUACUUAUAUUUGUGUGGACGUUGUUUCAGCUUAGAACAAGUUUCGACGUCAUUCUAUUCUCAACAGCCUUGCUAGAGUCUCUUAUUGGAAAGCCUUUUCCUCUCGGCACCUUAUUUAUUCAAGGAAAGUCACCUGGAGACAAUACAUACUCAGUAUACUAUUCGUAUAUAGUGCUAAUUAUUAACGAAUCUUUGCUACUUGUGUACACAAUUCAUUUGGGUAUUGGAGUAUGUCAGGAAAUCCCAUACUUAUUGAAACAAUAUCUAAUAUGUCGCUCUAUAACAUGGUUUACGGAAAUGUUGUUUCUCUCAAUACUUUGUAGUGUACACAAAUCGCUUAUCGGAUGGUAUUUGGGUAUUUUAAUAUUUGUCGUUUUAGAGUUCUAUGCGUUUGUUGUGGUGUAUAGUUUUUACAGCACCCUAGUGGAUGAUUGUAAUAUGGAUAAAUAAAAUGAUAAAAUAAUAAUUUACGACCAAUGGGCAAUAACAGAGGGAAUUUGUAAUGCCUACGAAUACCUAUAGUUGUUCCCUACUUUCAAAUCGUGUUGUUUUUGCCUUUCCUUGAGAAAGGGAUCGCUGACGAUCGGAUAUGUUUCUGCAGUCUUGUGUACAUUCGCAUUAGCCAUUAUUUCAUUAUCCCUGUACAAAGUUAUAAUUUUUGUAAACGAAAAAAAGGAUGACACCACAUAUACGGAACAUACACCGGAGGAAUUGAAAAAAAUUGCCAUAAGCUUAUACAUAACACAUGCGUAUUUGCUAACAGUGUUUAUUUAUAACAUAAUUAUUUGUAUUCUUCUAAUUGUUGGUGUGCAUAAGAAUAAUACAAAGUUUAUGCGUGAUUAUUUUAGAGCUGGGUUGUUCUUAUUAUUAUUGGCCCUCGCUAAUGUUGUAGUAUCAACGAUUUUUCUACAUUUUGUUGUUACAUUGAUGCUACUUAUGUGGAGCGUGGUCAUUUUUUACUGUCUUGUUAUUGUAAGAAGCUGCUAUCUGGAAAUAGAAGAAGAAAAUAAGCCUCCGUCUUUCGAAAUGCAAAAUUUAUACAAUCCACCGAGACACCCACCAAAUUUUUAUGCCUAGUCAAAAAAUAUAUUUAAUGUUUAUUAAUUUAUCAAUAAAUUAAGUCUGAACACUUUGAAUAACAAAAAUAAAUACAUCUACUCCUCAAGAUUAAA